AUGUCCCUGACCUCUGAAGCCUUCGUGUUGGCAAAGCCUGCGGCAGGCGUCGUUGCUCCAGCGCCCCUCCGCACCUCUUCGCAACGAAGCGCUGCUGGUGCCGAGGGUUCUUCAGGAGGUCUCAGGACCUCCGGGGUCGUCCUGGCUGCCGCAGCCCUGCGGCGAGCAUAUCGGGGGGCCUCCACCUCUCGGCGGGCAGAGAGAGGCACCACGGUGGUCAAUGUCGACUCGGAGGAUGCCGAAGUGCUGGCCAAGGAGGCUGCGAAGCUUCGCGCCGAAGCAGCCCAACUGGAAGCUGAGCAGGAAGAGCUUCGAAGGAAGGAGCCGCAGGCACUUUUCAAGAUUCUGGACACGGAUGAUUCUGGGGCACUCGAUGCGCAGGAGUUGCAGAAAGGCGUGAAAGAGGUGAUGGGCAGCGAAGUCACCGACGAACAGGUGCAGGCCUUGGACCUGAACGGUGAUGGCAUCAUCCAGCCAGCGGAGCUCGACUUCAACGCGGUGCAGACUCUGCUGAAAGCGUUUCGCAAAGAGAUGCAGACGAAGGAGGAGGCCGAGUGCACUGCCGCCUAUGCGUCAAAGGAGGAAGAGCUUCUCCGAAAAGAGUGGGAAGAGUUCUUGGCAAGCCGGCCGCCUCGAAAUGAGGAUACCGGGCUCCUUACACGCAUUGGCUCAAUCCUGGCUUAUGCGCUGCCGCUUACCGAUGCACUUCGCUUUGGAAUGUUUCUCUUUGCCGCCUUCCCUGCCAUCCAGCCUCUCCUGGUCAAUGCCUUGCCUUUUGGCCUUGGUUACCUCAUCCUCUUCUUCAGCAUGCAGGCCUUGGCCACAAAUCGAGACCUUCCGGCGCUGCUUCGCUACAACCUGCGACAGGCGAUCACGCUCGAUAUCGGCCUGGUCUUCAUUGGCCUAGUCGGUGGCCUGCUGCAGGGCAGCGCUGUCCUUCUUAACACACCGCUGCCGCUCGAGCUGGUCGGCAUCAGCAGCACAGCCAUCUACUUCGCCGUCACGAGCGCAUGCAUCUACUCCAUCAUUGUGAGUCUUAUGGGCAAGUUCCCGAAGGGCCUUGGUAUCAUCACGGAGAUUGCAGAGUUCCAGAUCUUUGACACAGCACCUAGCGAUGGCGACGGCGAGGAUACUUCCAAAUAUUUCGACCAGAUCUUUAAGAACCGACCAGACAAGCAGGACGAGGAGAAGUGA